AGACAAAACGCGCGCGCUUUCCUUCCAUUGCAUGCAACGAAAGUAAAAAGUUCAGAUGUCGCUAGUUGCACUCUUUUUAAAGAAUAUAGAUAUAAUCAAGUUUCUUCUAUCUAAUCAUUCAAACGUUCGAUUUAGCUAGCCGAUAGAAUCCAAUGGAAUCCAAUCCUACCCGCUCAAAAAGUUCGAGGCAGGUGGCGGGCCCCAGCAGGCGGUGUAUUGUUGAGGUCAAACGCUGCGUAUGGUGCGUGGUGAAUCUUAUCAGCUGUUGCUGCGUCAGCUUGAAGCCAUGAGCACUACCCGUGUGCUGUACAAAAAGAAGGCUCGCGAUUUUCGCGAUGAGGAUGCACUUCGCAGUAAGAAGGCACUGCAUUCCGCUGCUGCGCGCGCAGGACAACGACUCGAGCUCGUCAACGCUCGUCGAGGAGUGUCAGUUGCUUCUUCCAGCCGCGACAGCAUGGACGAAGCCGACUGUGGCACCACCUCCCGAGGUCGUCUGCUACAACGCUGGAAGGAGGAGCGAGCAGUUCGGAGACAGCUGCUGGGGAACCAGGCGCAGAGGGCCCCCUUCAGGCCCCCUUCACGCAACCCCAGCCCCUUCCCGGCCACCUUGGGGCACUCCUCCAGCUCGGUCAGAAAGGGAACUACGGCCACCUGUACGCCCUCCUGGUCCCUCCAAGCCAGGGGCAGUGCCCUCCCAGCCACUACAGGUUCCAAACUCUUUGUUCCAAGGCAGACAAUGAAGGAUGCCACGAGGGUGACGAGGUCCACCACCGUGCGGCGAGGGCUUGAUCUCGGCAGCCCGGCCAAGGAAGUGGGAUUGGCUGCUGCUUCCGGAGCGACUGCUGCCGUUUCUGGGGCGUCCGUGGCAGCCCGCAAGAUGGCCGCCCCGGAGAAGCCCAGGAAGCUGGCGUUCAAGGAGAACCCCUCGUUCGCGCCGGCGGGCUUCCAGUUUCGGGGUCUCCGUCCCCUCAAGCCAGUUCUUGCCCUCCAGCCUUGGAAUGGUCAGAGACAAGGGCACGGCUCCCGCUCCUGCACCAAGGCUGCUGCCACUGGGCCCUCACCCUCUGGAGGCAGAUUUGUCAACAAUGAGAACAUCAGGGGUGGACACCACUUGAGGCCGAAGCCAGUCAAGUGCCCAGUGGGGAACCUCAUGGACUUCUCUUGAAGGGACCCUUUUUUCUGCCUGGAACCGGCACAACUGGAAACGCUACAAUUGCUCAAGCGUGUUGUUUGGUGAACGUCGCCUAUGUUUUUCCCAUUGUGUUUAGCAGACGAAAUGCCUUCUCACGAAGCUGUCCUUUAGGGAAGAAAUGACUCGUAAAACUUUUCCCAUAGAUUGUCUUCCACGUGGCUCGAUCUCUCGUUUCCAAUUGUGUAAUAGCUUUCAAGUACAAAUGUGUGUUUGCUGGUGGGUUGUCCUCUCCUUUCAUGUGGGAGAUGUACAGUUGUCCGUACGAAGGUGAACCUGCUUCAUCAACUGCUCCGUGCUGGCAGCGCCAUAGAUCGGUGGCUAUGACUGCUUGCGCGUCUUGCCGCUCUUGGUUUGCGAGGCGCGCAAGCUGCCGCCGCUUUAUGGCACUGCCAUUACGAGAGGCAGACAAUCUCGUGCCCUCGUAUGGAUUACGACCAUAUGCGUUUUCAUUUGUAAGCAUUUCAACCAAAGGACUGGUAUUUUACUUCUCCAGAGGCCAUGACGCUUUUAGCGUGUCAUAUACAAGGUGUUUUUAAGCUUAACUAAAUUGUUUAAAACAGUUGUCAAGCUACACUUAUGUUGUUUGUGCAGGUGAGUUAUACAGCCAGGGGGACGCGAUAUAGGGGGCUAAACUUAACGACCAGUCGGUUAAUUAAGUAAAAUUUGUUAACGUUUUAAUUAGUGAAAACGGACGCAUGGUUCUGAUUAGGAACUUGGCGAGCAUUAUCGAAAACCACUAAAUAAACGAUUUUUAGAAAGGGUUUGAGUGCGUGGGAAGCGAAGUAGUGCGCUAAAGAUGCUACUCGCGAAACAGGUGCAAGGCUUGGGCUAUAAUAAGAGGGAAAAAAUGUGCGGGCACGUUAUCGCAACGGUAGCUUUGCUGCUGUUGCAGGAGUGGUAACUUGAGCGGACUGCUGCGCUAAAGCAAGUUUUUAAUUGGAACCAUGUCUAUUUUCAAUAAUUAGGAAGUUGAUUAACAAAUUGUGCUUAAUUAGCUGAUUGAUUGUCACGCUCAGCACCCCUGUACUUUGUCCCCCUCGCCGUAUACUAACUCACCUGCACAAACUGUAUAAGUCUAGCUUUCACGACUUUUUUUUUAAACGAAGCUGUUCUGCUUAAAAAGAAGAGAAAAAAACGCCCUGUAUACUUUUAACUUAUUGCGACAGCAGUAUGGUGCAUGUUUUCUGAUCCUGAUAAUAAAAAGGUAAAUGAACAAACCUU